AUGACCAAAAUGAUGAUCAGAAUCCGAAGCCGAGACGGCUUAGAACGAGUCACAAUCGAAAACCCACACACCACAAUCGGCCAACUCAAAACCCUCAUCGAGUCCCAACUCCGAGUCCCAAUCCAAGCCCAAACCCUCUCCGCCAACCAAAACAUGUUACUCGCGAAAACCCUAGACGAUGUCGCUCGAUUCACCGACAUGUCCAAUCCCCAAACCCCAAUCUCAUCUAUUGGCCUCACGCACGGGUCAAUCAUCUACCUUUCCUAUGAGGGUGAACGCAAAAUCGCCGGACCCAAUUUCAACCCCGCCGGCUCUUUUGGCAAAAAGAUGACCGUAGAUGACCUAAUUGCAAAACAGAUGCGAAUCACUCGGCAGGAAAACCCUCACUGCGAGCUCGUGUCCUUCGAUCGUGAUGCUGCCAAUGCUUUUCAACACUAUGUGAAUGACUCCCUCGCUUUUGCGGUGAAAAGGGGUGGAAUUAUGUAUGGGACAGUGUCGCCGGAGGGGAAGGUGGAGGUUGAUUUUAUUUACGAGCCACCACAGCAAGGGACGGAGGAUAAUUUGAUACUUUUACGCGAUCCUGAUGAGGAAAAUUUGGUGGAUGCUAUAGCGAUGGGGUUGGGGAUGAAGAAAGUUGGGUUUAUAUUCACGCAGACGAUAAGUCAGACCAAGAAGGAUUAUACUAUGUCGAAUUCGGAGAUUUUGCAGGCGGCCGAGUUUCAUGCCCAGAGUGAUUUGAAGGAGUGGGUGACGGCCGUGGUGAAGUUGGAGGUGAAUGAAGAUGGGGGUGCCGAUGUGCACUUCGAGGCGUUUCAGAUGAGUGAUAUGUGUGUUAAGUUGUUUAAAGAUGGGUGGUUCGAGACGGAGGUUGGAGAAGAUGUGGAUCCGAAGCUUUCUAUGAUGAAGAAGGAUGUGGUUAUUGGAGUGAAGGAUACUAGGGAGGUUGAUAAUGAUUUUUUCUUGGUGGUAGUCAAAAUCUUCGAUCACCAGACUUCAGCUAUCACUACUAAGUGCUCCAUCAUGUGGAUUGCUGUUGAUAUUGCUUAUAAGGUUUCCAGGUUUACUUUCUGA